AUGGCGAUGUGGUAUUCGCUGAGUAUUGCUUUCUUUGCUGCAAUUGGCACAUUUCUGUUUGGAUUUGAUACGGGCAUUGCUACAACCACGAUUGCCCACCAAAGCUGGAUUGACUAUAUGAAAAAGCCAUCAAAUGGCAUCACAGGAGCUGUUGUGGCCGUGUACAUUGCCGGCGAAGCCGUUGGCGCCCUUACACAAACAUUCAUCGGUGAUCGACUCGGCCGCAUUCGCUUCAUGCAAAUGAUGUGCAUAAUCGUGACAAUCGGCACCGUCAUUCAAACCGCCUCCGUCAACAUCGGCAUGUUCCUUGCCGGCCGCGUGCUAGCCGGCUUCGCAGUAGGUGGCAUGGUCGCAACAGUCCCAAUCUAUCUGAGUGAGAUCUCGGACCCCAAAUACCGCGGUCUAAUCGGUGGCAUCUCCGGCUGCGGCAUCUCAUUCGGAACAAUGGUGUCGAACUGGGUCGGCUAUGCUUGCAGCUACGCACCCUACGGCCCCAUUCAAUGGCGCUUGCCUUUGGGGAUACAGAUCCCCUGGGGUAUGAUCAUGUUCGUUGGUCUUGCGACUUUCAUGCCUAACUCGCCACGCCAGCUAAUUCGCUAUGGGAAGAUUGAGUUGGCGCGCAGCGAAUUUGCGCGUAUUCGACGGGGGCUUGCACUCCACGAGAUAGAGGAGGAGUUUGGGCUUAUGAAGGCGCAGAUUGCGUAUGAGAUGGAGGGGGAGAUGACUUCUUACCGCGAGAUCUUUAAACUGUUUAGACAUCGGGUGCUUGUGUCUAUUGCUGUGCAAACGAUGACAAGUUUGACCGGUGUCAAUGUCAUUCAAUAUUACCAGACUAUUUUGUACAAGGGCCUUGGAAUCGGAUCACACUCGAUCCUCGCUUUAGCUGCAGUCUACGGUACCGUUGCCUUUUUGUCCAACGCGGUGACUACAAUGUACAUGACCGACCAAUGGGGACGUCGGAAGAUGCUGAUCACCGGAUUGGCUGGGGUGGCUCUAGUCGAAAUUUAUGCCGCAGUCAUGCAGAGGCAAUUCCAGAAUACAGACAAUCGCAUCGGAAAGGGCUUCGCGAUUCUUGGAAUCUAUCUCUUUGUGGUUUACUAUUAUGGUAUGCUCAACAGCACUACAUGGCUAUAUGGCGCCGAGGUUCUUCCUAUUGCUCUCCGCAGCAAGGUGAUGGGUCUUGCCGCCGCAUCCCACUUUAUCGUUAAUGUUGGCAUCACCGAGGCUGGACCCAGCGCUUUUGCCAAUAUCCACGAGAAUUACUACUAUGUGUUUAUAGUAAGCUCCGCAUUCUUUUUAGUGAUCGCUUACUUUUAUUUCCCGGAGAGAUACAGCAAGAAGAAGAAGAAGAAGAAGAAGAAGAAGAAGAAGAAGAAGAAGAAGAAGAAGAAGAAGAAGAAGAAGCCAACCUUGUUUUAG